AUGCCUGUCAGACAAUACGGUAGCGCGACGAACACCUCACCCACCGCCUAUAGUGAGGUGAUGGUGUUCAUGCACACCAUCAACCGCGGGGCAAACGGUGGCUUGGAGUAUCUAGGCUAUAUCGAGAAAUGUAGUCAGGCAGCUGGAGGUUCCAUCAAGAAGCCUCCUCUCACAGCCUGUGUUGAAGGAUUGAAGCAGGUUCACAGCUUCCUUUCUAGCUAUCUGACGUCCCAAGAGCAGAAAGACACUGAUUUCGAUUAUAUCAUGGAUGAGAAUGUACUCUGCAAAUUCGCGAGGGCUGUGCACUUGGGGCUCGUUACGUUUCACGUCUCAAAAAGUACUCAGAAGGACAUCAAGUUGUAUCAUCGCAAGUCGUUCAGGUCCCUCGAUAUGCAGCUCUCAAAAAUAUUCGCGUUGAAUCUUCCGGUUGCCGUUAGCCUCAUGCCGCUGCCGCCGCCUCCCAUCACUUUCCGAGCCAUGUCCUUCAGCAUCCCCUUUCAUGAUAUCUCUACUAUUCCACGAAACACUUGUCUUUGCGGAAAGUCAUUUGUCCAGACGAAUGCAUUGAACAAUCAUCUUCGCUCUUGUAAAAUUAGCCAAAGGCGUGUCAGCUUCGGUCGUGCAAAAGCCAAGGAGUUGUGGAUGGAAAAGAAGCAGCAGCGGUGUGGAACCCGAUCGAUUGGAACUAGAGGACCUGCUCAAACAUCGCCGGAUAGGCUGGAAAACACCGCAGUCGUGAUCACUUCUUCAACCGAGCUGCCAGAUGAAGAAAUUGGAACAUAUCCAACCGCAUCUGGAGCCGCUGCUGCCAAUGAUGAGAUAGCACACAAUGACGACUUGAUGGUGCCCAUCGCAAUCCGGCGAACUCGUCGGGAAAACAUACAACCUCCGGAACGCUAUCGUGAUGUUCUUCCAUGUCCUUCGCCAAACCUUCCGCCUGACAUAAUGCUGGGGCCCCAGAAAGGGCUUGACUCAGCAGCUCUUCAGGUACCCACCGCCUCUUGCCAAAUCAAAUCCAGUCUCCCCAUUCGAUCACCGCCAAACAUAUUUGGUUUGGUGCGCCAAUAUGCUGGAUCUGAAUUUCCUUCUCAUGAUGCGGAGGAUUAUGUGACGUUCGCGGAUCUCUGCAAUCGCAACAUCAUACUUGAGGAGGCUUCCCCUAUCCCUAGCUCCUCAUCAGAAGCUGCGGAUCAAUUUUUCCCUUAUCCCAACUUAAGCUCCUUCCAUCUCGGUAAUUGGUUCUGGUCUGGCGGAGCUCAAAAAUCCCAGGCCGCAUUCCGGGAACUCAUCAAAAUUGUGGGUGAUCCAGACUUUGUUCCCUCCGAUGUCCGUCAUAACAAAUGGGACCAAAUUAAUGCUCUCCUCGCUGGUAAUCUUGGUACAAAUGACGACGAUCAAUGGAUCGACGCAGCGGAUGAGGGUUGGCACGUAACUGAUGUCGAGAUUUGUGUGCCUUUCCAUAGUCGAACGGAAAAUCCUGGGAUGAAGAUCUACAGUGGGAUAAAGCUCUACCAUCGCUCGUUGGUUGCUGUGAUGAAGGAGCGGUUUAGCGAUCCCCAUGAUUUUCUACAUUUUCAUAUUGAGCCACACGACCUCUUAUGGAAAUCCCCUGUUGACCCUAGUGGCUCAGAAUUUCGUGUUCACGGAGAGCUGUACACUUCUCAGUCUUUUCUCAGAGCCCACAGCGACCUCCAGCAAUCACCACGGGAGCCUGGCUGUCAAUUAGAGCGCGUAAUCUGCGCAUUUAUGCUUUGGUCCGACGCAACACAUCUAACAUCAUUCGGGAAUGCUAGACUAUGGCCUAUUUAUCUUUAUUUUGGGAAUGAAUCCAAGUACCGUCGUGGAAAACCCACUCUUAACUCAUGUAAUCAUGUCGCCUAUUUUGAAAAGCUACCACCUUCAUUCAAUGAUUUUGCCUCAAAGUUGGCAGGGGGAAAGGGACCCAAUAGCCAAUUCUACACCCAUUGCCACCGCGAGCUCUUCCACGAGCAAUUGAAAGUCCUCUUGGAUGCAGAUUUUGUUGCUGCUUGGGAACAUGGUAUUGCCGUCAAAUGUGGAGAUGGUGUCCUCCGCCGUCUAUAUCCACGAAUCUUCACUUACGCAGCCGAUUAUCCUGAGAAGUAUCGGCAGAUUCCAUCGUUUGGCACUGCAACCAUUCGCAAAUUCUCAUCGAAUGUUUCGGAAAUGAGAAAAAUGGCAGCCCACGACUUUGAAGACCUUCUGCAGUGUGCGAUUCCUGUGUUCGAUGGUCUCAUUCCCAAAGAACAUGAUCACGCUGUGAGAAGGCUAUUAUUUCUUUGCGCCCAUUGGCAUGGCCUCGCUAAACUUCGAAUGCAUACCGAUGCCACCCUCGAUAUUUUAGAUGGGCUCACAACCAAGAUCGGCGCUGCAUUUCGUAAUUUCACGGAUGUCAUUUGUCCCAAGUUUGCCACCCGCGAGCUUGCUCCGCAGCCCCAAAUGUUACGCGAAGGGCCUGCUUCAUCGGAAUCUAUGGGGUCAACUGAUCCGUCAACGCCAGCUGGAACAAAAGGUACAAGGGACCCCGAGCAGAAGCCAGAAUUCAAGGGCAAGACUUACAAUAUGAAUACGUACAAGCAUCACUCUCUUGGUGACUAUGUCAAGCACAUACGGGAUUAUGGGACGACGGAUUCGUAUAGUACCGAAACCGGUGAAUUGGAGCACCGCACGCCGAAGACACGAUAUAAGCGCACCGAUAAGAAGCUCUUUAUUCGCCAAUUAACUCGCAUUGAACGCCGAGAAGCACAUUUGCGGCGCUUAAAGCGAAAACUCUUGCCGACUAAACCACGGGAGACCUUAGAUAGAUCUGGGGAGAAGCACCAUCAUAUUGGUAUAUCUGAAUCACAAUAUGAAGAUAUAGGCACUUUUCUUCAAAGCCGCUCCGGAGACCCAGCGGUCAAGGUGGAAGCACUCCAAGAGCACACGUUGUUGGGCUCACUCCAUCUCCAUCCAAGCACCUCUGGGCCUGUGGCCGCCGUGUCCAGCGCUGAAAGUGUUGUUUUCAAAUACAACCGUCUAUAUCGCCAUAACCUAAUGCGCACCAACUAUACAACGUACGAUGUUCGUAGGGCUCAGGAUACUAUCAACGUCAACACAGUGAAACGUGAUGUCAUGGUCCUACCUAGGGAAGACUUAGGGAGCAGUGAUUUAGCAAUCUCUUUCACACAUGCGAGGGUUCUUGGGAUUUUUCAUGUCAAUGCUGUCUACAUUGGUGCAGGUCUUUCAAGUCAUCUCCCAGUAAGGCUCGAAUUCCUUUGGGUCCGAUGGUUCCAGCAGGAACGCCGGGGGAGUUGGGAAGGGCAUGAACUUGAACGCCUUUCAUUUCCUCCAAUGGCAAACGAGGAAUCAUUUGGAUUUCUGGAUCCUAGCGAAGUCAUUCGAUCAUGUCACCUUCUGCCAGUGUUUUCCAUCGGAAAGCGAUAUGCUGAUGGUCGGGGGCUUUCUCCUUCUGCCAGGGAUUCUGAUGACUUCCAUCAGUAUUAUGUUGGGCGGUUUGCUGACAGAGACAUGGUUAUGCGCUAUCAUCUUGGUCUUGGUGUUGGCCACGUCAAUGUCAAUAGUGCAGCCGGUGCUUAUCCUCGUGCGAGCCCGCUAGCGACGGGUACAGCGCACAUGGAUGUUGACCCGGAAACCGAAAAGCUCAACCACAACCUCAAAGACCUCAACAAAAAUGUAGCCCAUAGUGAUGAUGAAGAUGAAGAUGAGGAGGAUAGCAGCUCGGAUCAAGAUGGGCAAGCUGAGGAAGAUGAAGGAGAGCAUCUGCCAGAUGUGGACGAGAGUUCUGACGCAGGCUCUUCAUAUUCGGUAGUCUAUCGGGGCGGAGCCCCAUAUCACCCCAUGCACUGGUGGAGGCACGCCCGCGGCGAUUCUUCCCCCACACAGCCCGGCACGGAAACGCCGUUUUGGGGUGCAUCUAAAAACGUGGGCGGGGUAGUCUCGUCAUUUGCCUAUCUGUGCAAUCCAUCUAGCGCGAUGUUUCGUCUUCUAAGUACCCGGUCUCGAAAGACAGGUACAGCCGAUGGGACGAGCGUGGUCAGGGAAAAAGAGAACGUUAUGUUUUUGCUGUCAGGGACAGGGAAGGGUGCCAGUUCUCUCAUUCACAACUCCAUGUCAGACAAAUACUACAUUGGUUCAGUCGCCAACAGCUUGCAGCUGGGCUGUGCUAUGCCACUAUAUGCGGAGGUGCAAUGGGUGAACAAUUUGCCGUUCGACUUGGAAAGAGCCAUCUACUUGGAGAAGCGGGCCUUUGGCCCAGAAUUUUCAACUGAGGCAGACUCGGAAGUGGCCUUUCAUGGCUAUCUGAUCGAACCAUGGGGGCUCACCCCUUUCUAUACUGCAAGGCCCAUUGGGGUCAUACAAUCAAUCAACAUGGGUGAACACCAAUUCAAUGGGGAAAUGCUCUAUAUGCAUUCCUACCAAAUAUCAAACCUGGAGGUAUCAUGUCUGUAUCAUGAGAAGUCCUUCGGUUAUGGGUUAGCUGUCGUAGGAGGUUUCCUCAAUAUGGCCGAUGUCAAGAAACGAGGUGUAAGCCUCAAAGCUUUGAUCCGGGAUGCAGACAUCUGCAAUAUGGCGUUGCGAGAGAAAAAUGAAGCAGGAGCAAGCUUAGUCAGUCAGGAUCCUUCUGACAUAGUGUUUGAGUUCUAUAUUCAGAAUAUGAAGUCCGCAACGCUCAACUUCUAG